GUAUGCAGUUGCUUGAACACUUGCUAAAAGCAUCUUGAAAAUGUCAACGAAUGCAAUUUAUAUUUUUGGAUUCUUUAUCAUAAUUUGUGGUGUGAAUUGUGCUAAGGUAACAGUGGAACAGAUGAAACAAGCGACUGAACCUAUUCGAAAAGUUUGUAUUACGAAAACAAAAGUCGGUGAAGAUGCUCUUAGUGAUCUAAGAAGUGGAGUAGUCCAAGAUAAAAAAGAACUGAAAUGUUACGUCAACUGUGUGUUAGAAAUGAUCCAAAUUAUUAAGAAAGGAAAACUUCAAUACGAUGCAGUGAUGAGGUCGGUCGACACAAUGCUGCCAGAUGAACUUAAAGACGAUACGAGACGUGCAGUUAAUGUGUGCAAAGACGUCUCAGUUGGUAUUAAAGAUUUCUGCGAAUCAGCUGCCACUAUGUUAAAAUGCAUUUUUAAAGAAAAUCCAAACUUCUUCUUCCCUUAAAUAAAUAAAUAAAACAUUUCUUAUCACGAUAUCGCUUAAAACGAUAAUGAAAUAAAUUUAAUCAAUUCCUUGAUGAUGGCUUAAAUCACGCUUAAUGUAAAAAUAAAAAUAUUUGUAACGAACUUAAUCAAAUUAUAAAAGAAAUUGAAAGUCGCAAUAUUUUGAUUAA